GAACGUGGCGAGGAUAAUGCUCGAAAAGUCCGCGUUCUUGUCAAGAAGAGUGUAGACAGUACCCAUAUGGCCGGAAACGAUACAGAAAUGGAAAGUAACCACCGUGUUGCCGUAAAUGAUAUCACUCUACUUGGUGGAAACGAUACAGUCUCGUCUGCUGGUAAUGAUACCUUAUCGGAAGUAUCCAAGAAAGAUAUCAGAAGAGCCUGA